AUGUCUCAGCGGGCCCCAAAGCUGGAGCUGAGGCUGCAGGAGCUCUCUCUGUCCGCUCAGGGUGCUCACGCCCCGGGGAACUGCUCCGUGAUGCCGCUGCGUGGGUCCAGACUGGUGUGUGUGGAGUUCCCCGCGAUCAUCCACAACCUGCAGAGAGCCAUGGAAGCGCUGGGAGGAGAGAAGGCCGUGUCCAAAACGUACGCUGACCCAAGCCGGCGCCUGGAGCUGUACCUGCGCCCUCAGGAUCCCUUCUGUCACUCUCUGUGUGGAAACCGCCUGGACUCCAGUAACCUGCUGCUGCGCGUGCGACGAAGAGUGAGGAAGAGCGACCCCAGCGACGUGCAGGUUCACACGGAGCUCGUGGGGAUCAUAGGAACCACCUACAAGUUCCAAGGAAUGGCAGACUUCCAAUGCCUCGCUGUGGGUUCGCAGAACGGUUCAAAACUGUCCCUUUACGACAAGAUCGUCCUGACCCAACCGGAGAGCCAGGACUUCUUCAACCAGCCGCUGCCGUACUUCCUGCCGCCCGCCAUCUUCUCUCGCCUGGACACGCCCGUGGACUACUUCUACCGUGCCGACGUCAUGCGAAAGGCCAGCAACCCAGAAGCGGCGCUGCAUAAGAACUUCAUCGGCCUGAACCGUGCGCGGCGGCCGCACAACGCCAUCUUUGUGAACUUCCUGGACCCGGCGCCGGACAAACCGUUGGAGAUGGCCAUAACAAACUGGCAACGUGUGUGCGUGAAGGAAAUGGACAGGAGAGCGGAGCAGUUGAUCAAGGAGAUGUUUGAGAGGCGGCCCAUCUGGUCGAGAAACGCUGUCAAGGCCAACCUGGACAUCCACCCAGAGAAGCUCAAGCUGCUGCUCCCUCUAGUGGCCUAUUACAUGGUGACCGGGCCCUGGAGGAGUCUGUGGGUGAGACUGGGCUAUGACCCCAGGAAGAGCAGCGAGUCCAAACAGUACCAGAUGCUGGACUUCAGGAUCCGCUGCAGCACCAAACACGGUUAUGCUAUGGGAGGGGACCUGGUCAAACCCAAGAGGAGCUCUCUCAACUACACUCUGCCCAACACCUUCAACAAAGCAGUUCCUCAGGCGGCCAGUGUCCUCUCUCUGCAAGAAGAGGAGAGCCAGGACCAGAACCCCUCCUACAUCCUGAAGGAGUCGUCUUACAUCUUCAGAGAGGGGAUGGUGCCUCCUCACAGACAGAUGUUCUACCAGCUGUGUGACCUCCAGGUGGACAGUCUGCAGAGAGUGGUGAACGCCAACAACGGUCUGGAGAAACUGUGUGACGAGCGCGACGGCUGGUGCCCCAUCGGGACGCAGGACCAGCUCCGGAACAUCAUCAGCGACUCCAUCAAGAAGGUGGUCAAGUCCAAGAAGACAAUACGCAAGCCGCAGAAAAGACGCCGCAUUAGCCUCAGCAACAAAGUCCCUGAAUAUUAUGAAGAGGAAGAGGAGGAGCUAGAAGAGGAAGAGGAGGAGCUGGGAGAGGAGGAGGAGGAGCCAGACGGAGCCCUGAACGACACCAAAGACGAAGAGGUGGAUUUCCAGCCGUCGGAGGGCAGCGAGAACGAGAUGGAGACGGAGAUGCUGGAGUACAUGCACACAGAGGCCAAAGAGCAAACGCCGUGA